CUUUGACAGGAACCACUGCGCUCUGCUCUGCUCGUGUCCACACGGAAGGAAUUUAGCGGCGCACACAGCUGUCGCUAUUGGCUGUUGUUUGCUUCAAAACAAGCGGCGGAAACGCCUAUCAAAGCGGUGUUUGUGAUCAUCAUUCUAACAGCAGACAGAAGGUGCAGUGAUUUCCAGUCCUCAUCAGCAUGGAGGCAGAACUUUCGUUCCUACGAGACCAAGUCCGCAGGUUAAAUUCUUCCCUCCGCCAGUAUCAGGAUGGACUCCAUCCUCAGUCCACAUCAUCUCAGGUUGAAGAAGCUCAUCGGACCGAGAGUUCUGCCCCUUGGCUCACAGACAGAAGCCUGAUGGCUCCUCUCAUAGCCGAGUAUGAUCAACACAUCGCUGACAUGACGGAGCGCCUGCAGAAAUACCAGGAGCAGCUAACAAACCUCAAAGUGCAGCUGGAGAGGGUGGUGAAGGAAAACGAAAGGUUGCAUGCGGAGCUCAGAGAGGCGGUGGAGAAGCAGCUCCAUUCUUUGCCCGUGGCUUCAGGGGGGAGCGGCGGCACAAUGGAGGAGGAUGACAUCAUCAGGAACCUCCAGGAACAGGUUCAGCUGUCUGAGCAGGAGCGGAUAAAGGCCACGGAGCUGUGGCAGACAGCCGACCAGGAGCUGGACCGCCUGCAGCAGCUCCACCAGCAGACCCUCUCUGACAAGGAGGCCCUGGAUGCUGAGAGACGGCAGCUGAAGGAUCAGCUUGUUCAGUUCCAGCAGCACUCUCACAAACUCCAAGUGGCCAAUCAGAAGCUGGAAUCAACCAGCCAGCAGCUCCUGAAGACGGUGGCGGAGCAAAGCUCGGAAAUGGAGGAGCUCCACGGCCAGCUCAGGAAAGCUAAAGCAGAACUGAGGACCGCCACGGCCAAAGUGGAGGAGAUGACCAAGCUGCUGCAGAAUCUGCAGGAACAAAUCCAGAGACGGGAGGAAGAUCUGAUAGAAGCUCAGAGCCGUGAGAGCGCGGCAGACAGACGGCUCCAGCAGCUUCAGGGAACUUUGGGCCAACUAGAAACCAGGCUAAAAGCUGCCUCCCAGGAGGCAGAGGCGGUUCACAGAGAGCAAAGUGUGUGGGAGAGGAAGGUGAGGGAACUCCAGGCCCGCUGCAGCACUCUAGACCAGGAGAAGCACGAAGCUCUGUCCAAAGUCCGAGAGAACAUCCAGCUGACGGAGGAGGCCGCGCUGCAGAAGGAGCAGGCUCUUCUGAGAGAGAAACAGAAGACAGAGGAGCUGGAGAAGACCAAGGAGGCCUUCAAGCUCUUCGUCCAGGAGGCUGCAGUCAAAACCAGGAAGGAGGUGGAAAACGCACGCAAGCAGUCCAACGUCCGGAUCCAUCGAAUGAUGGAGGAACUGUCCGUCCUGCAGUUGGAGUGUGCAGACAAACAGUCUCAGAUUGAGCGGUCCCUGCGCGAGAGGAAAGCUGUGGAGGAGGAGCUUGAAAGGGUUUAUAAGGAGGGUAGGGCAGAGCCUGAGCUCCAGAAGAUUGAUGCCCUCCAUCAGAGGUGUCUAGAUGCAGAGAGAUUAAAGGACGACACACUGCUCACUCUCCAAACCACCCAGAACAAGUUCAAGAAAAUGGAGAUGGAAUACACCGAGGAGCUGUCUCGGUGCCAGGAGGAGGUGCGGCGGCUGCAGAGCUCUCUGGCUGCAACUCGCAACAACAGCGUCUCAGUCAGCGAAGAGCGGCUGCAGCUGCAGCACGAGAACUUGCAGCUGCGCAGAGAGAUGGAGGAGCUGCGCAAAACCGCCAUGAUGGUUCAGAAGAAAGCCAAACAGGAGCUGACCAAAAGUGCAGGAGAAGAGAGCAUGAAUGAGGACAAACAAACUGAAGGCCCUGGCAUAGCGCUUACAGUCGUGAUGCAUCAGUGGGGCGUGGUCACACCACCCGCUUUCUGCCAUGGUGGUUAUACUUUUUCACCAUUUUUAAACAAACCGUUCAUCCCCAGCAGGAAUUAGGAGCUCUUGUUUCACAGAAAAGUGGAAUAUUUUGUUGUGUUCAUUCUUCCAAUCUGUCUGCCCUAAUGCUGCUGUCAGUAUAAUGCUCCCUUCUAAAAGGCAGGACGACAGUUAUUAAGAUCCUGAUUUGACCCUAUUGAGGAAUUGCAGAAACAAUCUGGUGCUUUCAGUCCAGGACGGCUGUGGGACAGAAUCACCAAAUCUUAGAUUCAGACUCCUUUCCUUCUCUGCCUUCUGUUCAUGGAUUUAGACUCUGUCUAUAAAAAACAUGAUAUUUAAACUUCUUAAAGUUGUUCCUGAGAAGUCUUACACACUAUUAAAGAAGGAAGAGUCCAUGCAAGAAGGAAGUUUUCUUAUGCACUGUGCAACAUUGUGUCCACGUUUGAUGUAUUUUUCUUUUUGUUUAGCUUUGGUUGCUUCCCAACAUUCGUUGUGCUUCGGCUUGA